AUGGAAUCUGCUUCGUUCCUUGACUAUCUCUUCUUCUUCCUCGUACGACCGUCUCUUGCGAUCUCGUUCGUCAUCUGCUUCAUCGCUCUUUGGUGGUUUCUGGCAUGGAAGCUUGUAUUAAGCCAUGUUCCUCUGGUACAAGAGAUUUUUGGUUUGAGGAAGAAAACAUUUAAACCAAAACCUGAAUCUCGCGGCAGAAUCUCCAAAUUCUACAAACGCAUCAGCUCUCAGAAUCCUGUUCCUCAAUGGUAA